AUGCCCACCUGCCGCCGCAAGCGUGUAGUCCUCACAGAGCCUUCUCCAGAGCUCGUCCAGGCUUUGACAACCGACCCCAAGCGCAAAGUCUUUUUCCUCGAGACAACUGGCGAGAUUUUCGAAACAUAUGAGGACUAUGCAGCACGCAUGUCCUUCUACCGCCUGAAGCAAUUUCAGUGUGAAGUAACCGGAAAGAGCGGCCUUGACUAUUUUCAAGCCCUGGCCAGCGAGCGUCACGAAGCCCGAACUCUCCAUUCUCGAUUCCCUGAAGCAUUGAAGGCUGCAGUCUUGAAAGCCGUCCAGUGGCAGAUCAUCGGUCGCCUUGACCAUCUCGUAGAAGCAGUCUAUGAGCGUUUCAAGGACCGUUAUUUUAAAGGAGAGAAAAUAAUUGUCGAUUUAAGUGGUGUUCGAUAUCUCGCCCAGGUUGACCGAGUAUAUCCGCCCAAGUACACGGACUCGAAAGUACGGGACUCGUACAAAAACAUACCUUCCAGCAUCGCAGGUCCUGAUGAACUCCAUGCUAUUGGUGGAGAUCUCAAGAUCCCUCUCGAGGAAACCCUCCAGCGUGACAAUCCCGAAGGUUAUUUCUAUUGGUGUUAUUUGCUCGAGCUGGAAAAGGACAAAAGCCACGAGAAGGGUAAAGCGAAGGCGGCCGACAUUCACAAGGAUGGAAAAUUGGUUGGCAGCCUCGUUGAAGUGAGGUGCCAGAUGAUGAGUCGUGACCGCCUUUCUUUCUCCAAGUCAAUCCUCCGGCGUUUCAUUCGUGAUUGCGUGGACCGGGACCCUGCUGUUGCCUCGCCCUGGACCGUUAAACCUGCUAUCGCAAAGAGAUUUGGCGUUGAUUCUCAAAUGCCAGAGGAGACGCGGAAAGACGUGGAAGAUGUUCGGAAGGGCGAAAUCGACAAACGCAAGAAAAUUUGGGAAGACAAAGAAGGCCCCCCGACGAAGAAACAAAAGAAGAUGACAGCUGCACAGGAAGAAAAGGCUUUGAAAGCCGCGGCGGCUGCGGAAAAGAAAGAGAAAGAUGCGCUAGACAAGGCGGAGAAGCAGAGGCUGGCUAAAGAAGAGGCGGAGCGCCUCGCGGCUGAAAAGAAGAAGAAGAAACCUGUCCGUUAUCCAACAGAAGACCUAGACAUCCAAAUCACCGACAAGGACAAGAAGGCUGGUGUUAAAGUUCAGCGGCCAAUGGCCAACCGCGCCAUCCUUCCCUUCAAUGACAAACCUGGCACUUUUGAAUCCUUCCUUCUCGCAUGGAAUUUCCUGGUAGUCUACGGCCACCCUCUCCAUCUUUCCCCUUUUACCUUGGACGAGUUUGAACAAGCCCUACGACAUUCCAUCCCAGACAUGCCUUGCGCUCUGUUGGCCGAGGUACAUUCCACACUUGUAUACAAUCUCCGAACCGUUCCUUUUGUGCGUCAUGGCGCGUUGUUGUCAUUCCUAAAGUACAAGGAUGACUUGUACGAAAAACAGCAAGAGGAAGACACUUGUUACGGUGUCACCAUUGACGAGCUUACUGCGGCGAUGGCUGAUGUUGGUAACAAUUGGGAACGGGUGCCAUUACGAUUUUCCGAAGGACGGGAAGGUUGGGAAGAAGCAAUCGUUGGCUGCUUAAAGGAUCACGCAAAUCUAACCAAUUUCCCUCGGAUUCGAGAGAUCUUCACCAAAUUGCUGUUCGCCCCAGAAUCUGAGGAAGACGUUGCUGGGUCAAGCUCCCGAGUUCCAACGCCCACUGGCUACACGUUGUCAGUCCCUGCCUCUCCCCGCGAUCGAUAUUAUUUCCUGCCCGUCGAGGACCGCAUCGCCAUCCUGUCUUUCAUGUGCAACCUUGCCAUUUCAAGCAAGGCCAUCCAUGUUCACAUGGAAUCCUGUGAAGAACAACUCACUGCCCUCCGCAAGGAAAAAAUUGAGGUGAACCGCCAAAGGAAACAACUCCUUGAAGAAAUGAACACGCUGCUUGGCGAAGCUAAGGAAGAGAGUGCGUCAGGUACUCCUGCCAACGGAGAGGACGUGGUAAUGCAAGACGCAAGCGAAUCUUCCGACAUUUCUGAGAAAACAGUACGCCCGAAAUCCCUCGGCCAUUCAAAGGAGCGAGAGGCCGCAAGAGCCAAGCAGGCUUCCCAAAAGCAAGCAAUGGCCGAGCACCGUCGUCUCGACGAAGAGGUCAAUAAAAUCGAGCGGCGUUUGGAAGGGAUUGAGCGUGAGUUCAGAAAGCUGCUCGGGGCAGUACGGGUGAAACCUCUGGGGCGUGAUCGCUUUUACAACCGAAUCUGGUGGUUCGAUGGCAUGGGAUCAGCAUCUUUAGUUGGAAAUGGCGGGAACACGCUCUACGGAACGGGUAGAAUUUUCAUUCAAGGCCCCAGCGAAUUUGAUCAGGAAAUAUUGGACCGGCGAGAGGAAGACAUCGAAGUUCGUCGAUUGGAGGAAGAAGGCGAUGGAGGUAUCUUGAAACCCAAUGAGUGGGCGGUCUAUUCCGAGCUGGAGGAGCUGGACGAGUUUAUCGCUUGGUUGAAUCCGAAGGGCCACCGAGAAUUGGCACUGAAGAACGCCUUGACGAAAUGGUGGCCACAUAUUACUGCGGGAAUGAAGAAACGAAUUGCUGAUUCGAAUCCCGGUACCAAGAUUCCUGAUGCCAGACGCAGCUCUCGCACGAAAGCAGCAGCAGCCGAUAUCUCGAGAGAGUCAUACAUGGUUUGGACCAACCGCAAAGCAAAUUCUACGUAA